GCAUAACGAAAUGGGUGGUCCUUUGCCUGAUUGGUCAGAGCAACUAAAAUUUUCAAGAUACCUUGGCCUUUCCCAGAAUUUAUUUCAUGGUCCAAUACCAUCAUCAAUUGGAAAACUUUCAUUUUUGAAAGUAUUAGAUCUAUCCGUCAAUCAAUUAAUAGGGUCAAUUCCAGAAUCUUUGGGAAGAUUGUCAGUAUUAAAGAGGCUAGAUUUGUCAUCUAACAAUUUGAAUGGGGUCAUUCCAGAAACAUUGGGAAAAUUAUCAGUAUUAAAGUGGCUAGAAUUGUCAUCUAACAAUUUGAGUGGGGUCAUUCCAGAAACAUUGGGAAAAUUAUCAGUAUUAAAGUGGCUACAUUUGUCAUCUAACAAUUUGAAUGGGGUCAUUCCAGAAACAUUGGGAAAAUUAUCGGUAUUAGAGGAGUUAUAUUUGUCAUAUAACAAUUUGAAUGGGGUCAUUCCAGAAACAUUGGGAAAAUUAUCGGUAUUAGAGGAGUUAUAUUUGUCAUAUAACAAUUUGAAUGGGGUCAUUCCAAAAACACUGGGAAAAUUGUCAUUGGUGAGGGUUAUAGAUCUUUCUAGAAAUCAAUUAAAUGGAAGCUUGCCUAAAUCAAUUGGAAAAUUAGAAUUCCUACAAUCCUUGGAUAUCUCAUCAAAUUUAUUGGAAGGUAUUGUAUCCGAGGAUCACUUUGCUAACCUUACAAGGUUGGAAAGGUUGCUCAUUGAUUCCAACAAUUUCUCGUGCCAAGUUAAUUCAAAUUGGAUCCCUCCUUUUAGUCUCUAUUACAUCAACAUGGCUUCUUGCAAAGUUGUAGGGUCUCAUGGAGUCCCCCAAUGGCUUCAGACACAAAGGGAAGUCUUUGAAUUGAAUCUCUCAAAUGCUAAUAUUAUUGGAACAUUUCCAAAAUGGCUUCAGAACAUGUCAAGCAUCAGCUCUCUGGAUCUCUCUAUGAACCAAAUCAGCGGGCACCUACCUAUGAAUAUUGGUUCUUUGUCUAUUCUGUGGUAUCUAUAUCUUGGCAACAAUCUAAUAAAUGGUUCACUUCCAGAGUCAUUAUGUGAACUAGAAUCUUUGCAAGAACUAGAUCUUUCGAGAAACAAGUUUUCUGGGAUAUUGCCUAAUUGUUGGAGAGGGAGCCAAACUGUGGAUGUCAUCAAUCUAUCACACAAUAAGUUGUCAGGGACUAUUCCAAGCUCAAUGGGGAACUUAUCACAACUGUCGCGAUUGCAUAUGAAUAAUAAUAACUUUAAUGGGAAACUUCCAUUGGCUUUGAGGGGUUGUUCUGAAAUGAUGCUUCUUGAUCUUGGCGACAAUAACUUUUCAGGACCUCUACCAACUUGGAUUGGAGGACAUAGCUUCCGGGACAUAAUAAUUUUGAGGUUACGCAAGAAUAUGUUUAGUGGAAGUAUCCCUUUAAAUUUUUGCAAGCUCUUGGCACUGAGCAUUUUAGACCUUGCAAAUAACAAUUUGAGAGGAGAAAUUCCUCAUUGCUUUGGAAAACUCACUGGAAUGAUGGUAAAAGAUUAUCCACAAGUGAAUGGAAGUAUGGGUGAUGCGAAGGUUUCACAAGUGAUAAAAGGAAGAGACUUAGAGUAUACAAAAACACUGCUACUUCUUGAUAAUUUGGACCUCUCAAGCAAUAAGCUAGUUGGGAUAAUUCCAAAAGAGCUAUGUUUGUUAUCUGCCUUGCGUGGUUUGAAUUUGUCCCAUAAUCAUUUGUUAGGCAAUAUUCCUAACAAUAUUGAAGAGUUGAAGUCCUUGGAGUCUCUUGACCUUUCAAACAACAAACUUUUUGGUGAAAUUCCACAAAGUAUGUCCAAAUUGUUAUCACUAGACAAGCUCGACUUGUCUUACAACAAUUUGUCAGGCAAAAUUCCAACAGGACCUCAACUUCAAACACUGAAUGAUCCAAAUAUCUAUGCUGGCAACGAUGAACUAUGUGGAACCCCAUUGCCAAAGAAAUGUUUUGGAGAUGAUGAUCGGAGAAAAAAUGCCCACGAAGAUGAUGACGACUACAAAGAUAGUAGGAUCGAAAGAAUAUGGUUUUACUCUGUGGUAACACUUGGAUAUGCAGCUGGAUUAUGGGGAGUAAUUGGGAGUCUGGUUUUCAACAGAAACUGGAGGCAUGCUUUUUUUUGUUUCACUGAAAACACCAUGGAUUGGAUUCUUGUGAGAGUAGAAGUGAGAAUUGGGAGACUGAAGAAGAGCAUCAUGAAGUGGACCAUCUAAUAAAGAUAUCUACUGAUAACAUGUAUUUCUCUAUGUGUAUGUACGUACUUCAUAGGACGAUCGAUCCUCUCAGUUUGUGUAUUUCAUCUUAAUUUAUGCUGUCUUGUAUUGUUUAAGUUGUAACCUAUUGCCACAAUAGUUUAUCAAAGAUUCCUUAUUUGCUUCAACUAUGCUCAUCUGUUGGAAUUGACAGAGAUUCCUCGUUUGCUUCAA